ACUGUUCCAAGAGUCGGCAGAUGCCGGAUGGCACUAUAAGUGCACACUGCACAGAGCGAACGCUCAGCGAAGCACUGAGGCGCGCGAGAUUCUUUGCUGAGCUAGAGGAGGACAGUCUCCUCCGAUAGCAUCUCGUCUUUUCAACAUGGAUUUAGGGAUCAAAAGACACGGUGGGAUGUUUAUACAGGUUGCAGUGCUGCUUUCCUACGCAUAUGGUGCAAUUGGAAGAGAGAUCUGUGAUGGCCCUCUGGUGUCAAACCUGCCCCAGUCAUCCUUCAGAAGCUCCUCCCAGCUGUCCAACAGCCACGGGCCUGGCUUUGCCAAGGUCAACAGAAGAGAUGGUGCCGGGGGUUGGUCUCCACUGGAAUCUAAUAAGUACCAGUGGCUGGAGGUGGACCUGGGCCAGAGAACCGAGGUCGCAGCCGUGGCGACGCAGGGGCGCUACGGAAGUUCCGACUGGGUUUCGGCCUACUUGCUCAUGUUCAGCGACACGGGACGCAACUGGAAGCUGUACCGCCAGGAGGACAGCAUAGGGGCCUUUGCUGGGAACAGCAAUGCAGACAGUGUGGUGCAGAUCAAACUGCAGCAGCCAGUGAUAGCACGCUUCGUCAGGCUGAUUCCUCUGGAAUGGAACCCUAAUGGAAGAAUCGGUCUGAGGCUGGAGGGCUACGGAUGCCCCUACAACUCUGAUGUGGCCAGCUUCGACGGCAGUGGUUGCCUGCUGUACAGGCUGAGCCCUGACCAAAGCCAGACAGCCAAAGAAACCGUGUCACUGAAGUUCAAGACUCAAAGGAAUUCGGGGACAUUGAUACACGCCGAGGCGCACGAACACAGCCUGACUCUGGAGCUACACAAAGGGAAACUUCUCCUCCACCUCAGGAAAGGUAAAAGUGCGUAUUUGGAAAACCACAAGGUUGUGUCGCUGGGCAGUUUGCUAGAUGACCAGCACUGGCAUCAUGUCACUGUGGAGAGGGUUAGCGGGCACAUCAACUUUACGGUGGACAAAAGUACUCAACAAAUCCUGGUCCCUGUGGACCUGAGUCACUGGCAGAUACACGAGAUAAGUCUGGGAGCGACCCAAUGCCACGGGCCGCAGAGGCAAGCUUCCAGAAGGAGCUUCCAUGGGUGCCUGGAGAACCUGCAGUACAAUGAACUGAACCUGAUGGAGCAGGCCAAACAACAGGAGCAGGUUUCAAGCAUGGGCAAUGUGACCUUUACUUGUGCUGAGCCAGUCUCUGUCGCCAUGACGUUUGCUGGCUCGGAAAGCUUCCUCCAGUUGCCGGGGGCGACUCAGAGCGAUGGGGUGACGAUGGGCCUGCAGUUCCGUACGUGGAACAAAGCGGGUCUUCUGAUCACCUUUGACCUCCAGCCACUAGGAGCCACCCUGUGGCUUUACCUCAGCGAAGCCCGAGUCAAACUGCAGAUCCACAAGGCUGGCAGGAUGCUGCUGGACCUGACUGCAGGAUCUGGUUUGAAUGACGGACAGUGGCAUGCAGUGGACCUGAACUCCAGACGAGGACGACUCAGCGUCUCCGUAGACAAAGAAGAGGCAUCCACGGCUCAUGCCAGCCCAGCAUUUCCUGUCGUGACAGGAAACUCCCUUUUCUUCGGAGGCUGCCCAGAUGGCGAAAACAACCUGGAGUGCAGAAACCCCUUCAAUGUGUUCCAGGGCUGCAUGCGCUCCAUCUACGUGGAUGGCAAUCCCGUGGACCUGAUUAAAGUGCAGCAGAUGCUGAUAGGGAACUUCAGCGACCUGCAAAUCGACAUGUGUGGAAUCAUCGACAGGUGCUCACCAAGCCAUUGUGAACACGGUGGGAAAUGUACACAGUCUUGGAGUACGUUCCACUGCAACUGCUCCCACACAGGCUACAGUGGAGCAACUUGUCACAGCUCCAUCUACGAGCGGUCCUGCGAGGCGUACAAACACAGGGGGAACACAUCUGGGCUGUUCUACAUCGAUGUGGACGGAAGCGGCCCCAUCAAACCACAGCUCAUCUACUGCAACAUGACGGAUAAGACGUGGAUGGUGAUCCAGCAUAAUAACACAGAGCUUACCAAAUUAAAACCGUCCUCCGGGAGAAAUCAGCAUUUAGCCCAUUUUAACUAUUCGGCCGAUGCGGAGCAGCUUGGGGCUGUAAUUACCCAGGCGGAGCACUGCGAGCAGGAACUGUCCUACCACUGCAGAAAGUCACGCCUCUUAAACACACCAGAUGGGGCCCCUUUCAGCUGGUGGGUGGGCCAAUCAGGAGACCCUCAGACGUAUUGGGGCGGAGCCGUGCCAGGGAGCCAGCAAUGUGCCUGUGGCCUGCAGGAAAACUGCGUUGACCCCAACCACUACUGCAACUGCGAUGCCGACCGCAAGGAGUGGGCCAAUGACUCAGGCCUGCUCGCCCAUAAGGAGCACCUGCCUGUGAGAGCCGUCGUGAUUGGUGACACACAGAGACCUGGCUCUGAGGGAGCCUAUCAAGUUGGUCCCUUGAGAUGCCAUGGCGACAAGAGCUUCUGGAAUGCUGCCUUUUUCAACAAGGAGACCUCUUACCUCCACUUCCCCACCUUCCACGGAGAGUUAAGUGCAGACAUCUCCUUCAUGUUCAAAACCACUGCCUCCUCCGGGGUGUUCCUGGAAAACUUUGGCAUCAAAGACUUCAUCCGGAUUGAACUGAGCUCAUCAUCCGAGGUGGUGUUCUCGUUCGACGUGGGCAACGGGCCGCUGGAGGUGCGGGUGGAGACGAGCGCCCCGCUGAACGACGACAGGUGGCACGCGGUGCGAGCCGAGCGGAACGUGAAGGAGGCGUCGCUGCGCGUCGACGCCUCCCCCGCCUCCACGCAGAAAGCCCCGGCCGACGGGCACAUCCAUCUCCAGCUCAACAGCCAAUUAUUCGUGGGAGGCACAGCCUCCAGACAGAAGGGUUUCCUGGGCUGUCUCCGCUCGCUGCAGCUCAACGGCAAGACCCUGGACCUGGAGGAGCGGGCUAAGAUCACACCCGGGGUGAGGCCUGGUUGCCCGGGACACUGCAGCAGCUAUGGAGCCCUGUGCCAAAAUGGCGGACGCUGCGUGGAGAAGUACAACGGCUUCAUCUGCGACUGUGGCCAGUCUGCCUACACAGGACCCUUUUGUCAGAAAGAGGUGUCGGCUGUCUUCAAGCCCCAAACCUCGGUCACGUACACCUUCAAGGAGCCGUACGAGCUGAACCGGAACGCCAGCGGCCUGCCCUCCUCCAUCUUCUCCGACCUGACCCUGGUGGGGGAGAACAUCACCCUGAGCUUCAGCACCACGCAGACCCCUGCCCUGCUCCUCUACGUCAGCUCCUACUACAAGGAGUACCUGGCCGUCCUUCUCAACAGGAACGGUUACCUGGAUGUGAAGUAUAAACUGCAGAUGAACAAAGAUGCUGAGGUGAUGAGGACUAACGUGAGGAACCUGGCCAACGGACAGCUCCACAGAGUGUCCAUACGGAGACUCUCCGAGGCUGUCACCGUGCAGAUUGACGAGCAUGCGAGAGAGGACUUCAAUCUCACAUCUGAUGUGGAAUUCAACGCUCUCCAGUCGGUUGUUAUGGGUAAAGUGUCUGAGUCGGGUGAGCUCGAUCCCGAGAUCUCCAGGCUUGGGGCCCUGGGUUUCAGCGGCUGCCUGUCUGUGGUCCGGUUCAACUCCAUCGCGCCCCUGAAGGCAGCCCUACUGUACCCCGACACCAGCCCCGUCAUCGUCACAGGACCCUUGUCAGAGUCCAGCUGCGGCUCCUCCUCGCCGUCCAAUCCUUACGCGGCAGAGACCACGCAUUCCCUGGCAGACCACUUUGGUACUGUUGGUACUGGGGAGCCUAUAGUCAAUGCAAUCAAGAGUGACUCUGCUUUGAUUGGAGGUGUUAUUGCCGUUGUGAUAUUUGUCAUCCUGUCAGCCCUGGCACUACUAGCAAGGUUCCUCUACCGGCGGAAAGAGACAUUUCAGAGUCAGCCACCAAAAGGAGUCAAGCCUGACGACAGUCCAGAGUUCCCUUUCAACAGCGAGGCCAACUCACAAAAUGUACUGAGUGAAAACCAAAAGGAGUAUUUUAUAUAAGGCAUCCCCCCCCCCCCCCCCCAAGACCUUUAAAUGAUGGUCUGACCCGGGGAAGAUGAGUAGGGACUGAAAUGCCUUGCCAAGCCUAGAGACAUUAACAUUCACAGUGCAUUACACACACAGGCCCCUCGAGCGACUGGCGACAGAAGCCGAACAAGAUGUGAAGACAAAACACAUUAUUUUGUCCCGUUCUUCAGUUUUUUUCCCCUCUUGUACAUAUGUUCUCGAUAUCACAAUGAAAAAAGUGUUGAUGGACAUUUAACGGUGUUGAUAACUUUGUUGAAGAGACACUUUGACAAUGUUAUUUAAAUGAUUUCGAAAUUCUUCAAUUCUUUUCAAAUGUAACUGUCACAUUUUGUCUUUAUAACUAUUGACUACUAGUCCUUUCCAGUGGUAUUGAAAUAUAUCCUUGUUUGUAUCUGGUGGUUAUGAAGAUUCCAAUACAAUACAUGUUCCAAUGAAACGAAUGAUUGAGUUGAAAGUAUUUUUGGUAUUAAGGUGUUUUGCUUUCAUGAGAGUUGAGAAGUCUGAACCAUGCUUUCUCCCUUUCUUUUGACUGUGUGUCAACAAAGACACACCGCGUUGUUUUUUAGUACUUGACCCGCAUCAUGUCAAACCAGUUGACCAAAUGAUAUCAUAUUUCCAAAUACAUGUGAUUAUUAUAGGACAACCGCAUUGUAGUUGCACUGACUUAACAUGUACAGUACUUAUGUAAAAACAAAAACUUCAGUAUGUUUUCUUUUCAGGACUUUCCUCAGCAAGAAGUACACGUAAUUUUCUGUGCUUUCUGUGCAUUAUUCUGGACAAAAAAAUGAAAAUAAAAGUUUUGCC